AUGUCGAUAGAGGAUCGUCAGAUUGUGAAAACGGAAGUACUUCUGCCGAAUGCAGAAGAUCGAGACAAACUGGCUUUCAUUCUAUUGAAUGUUUUCACACCGAAAGAAUGUCAAGAUUGGAUUGAGUUGACUGAACAACGUGGUUAUAAUCCUGCAAAAGUGAAUGUAGGGUAUGGACGUGAAAAGUUAAUGACUGAUUUUCGUGAUAGUGAUCGAUGUAUUAUUGAUGAUGUGAAUAUGGCCAACAUUCUCUUUCAACGUAUCGAAUCAUUUUUACCAAAAACAUGCGACGGUUACCAUUUGGUUGGCCUCAAUGAACGCCUUCGAUUUCUUCGAUAUGAUCCAGGUCAAAAAUUUGAACCACAUAUGGAUGGCGUUUACGCACGUGAAGAUGGUUCCGGCGAGAAAAGCAUGCUUGUGAGUACAGCACAUAACUCCAAAACAGUUAACAAAUAUACAGGAUGA